ACAGAGCGGAGCUUUAGCUUCUUCCUGUUGUGAUGUUUUUUUAGAUUUACACAGACACACACACAGACAAUACUCCGGGACACACACACUCACACACACACACACACACACACACAGACAAUACCCGGACACACACAUCUGCGCUGCUGCGGUCAACAUGUCUGCGGGUUCCGGGAUCAGGAACACGGAUACAUGGGGAAGCUUCGAUGACAACCUCAUCCAGGGCGGUGGCGAUGGCGUUGGCGGUGGCGUUGGCGGCGGCGGCGGCUCGGCGGUCAUCGACAUGGAGAACAUGGACGACACGUCGGGCUCCAGCUUCGAGGACAUGGGGGAGAUGCACCAGAGGAUGAAGGAGGAGGAGGAGGUGUCAGCAGAGGCGGCCGCCACGGAGGACGACCACGCCGAGGACGGAGAGUUUCUUGGCAUGAAGGGGUUAAAGGGUCAGCUGGGUCGACAGGUGGCAGACGAGGUGUGGCAGGCGGGGAAGCGUCAGGCCUCUCGAGCGUUUAACCUUUACGCCAAUAUCGACAUCCUGAGGCCGUACUUUGACGUGGAGCCGGUUCAGGUCCGCAGCAGGCUGAUCGAGUCCAUGAUACCUGUCCGCAUGAUCAACUUCCCACAGAAGAUCGCAGGCGAGCUGUACGGCCCUCUGAUGCUGGUCUUUACUCUGGUCGCCAUCCUGCUGCACGGGAUGAAGACGUCCGGAACCGUCAUCAGGGAGGGGACUCUGAUGGGCACUGCUAUCGGAACAUGCUUCGGUUACUGGCUGGGAGUUUCCUCCUUGAUCUACUUCCUGGCGUACCUGGUCAACGCUCAGAUCACGAUGCUCCAGAUGCUGUCCCUGCUGGGUUACGGUUUGUUCGGUCACUGCGCCGUCCUCUUCAUCACCUACAACAUUCACUUCCACUUCCUGUUCUACGUCCUGUGGCUGCUGGUUGGAGGACUGUCCACUCUGCGUAUGGUGGCGGCUCUGGUCUCUCGGACCGUCGGUCAGACGCCCCGGCUCCUCCUCUGUGGGACGCUCUCCCUGCUGCACAUGCUCUUCCUGCUCUACCUGCACUUCGCCUACCACAAGAUCGUGGAAGGGCUGCUGGUCUCUCUGGAAGGACCCCACCUGGCUCCGAUACAGCGGGUGGCCCGAGAUGUGCCCGACCUGAUUCUCAACGCCACAGGUAGGACUCUGGGGGCCUCCAUGAUGGUCCACCUCGGGUCCACUGGGGGUCCAAUGAGGAUCCACUGAGGGUCCACUGGGGGUCCAAUGAGGAUCCACUGAGGGUCCACUGAGGGUCCACACACUCACAGACGUGUUUUAAAAGAAGAAAGUUUCUGUGUAAAUGAUCAUACUUUGGACCUGAACGUUAGUCAGGGGUGUGUGAGGGGAGCUGGUUCUGCUGGUUCUGCUGGUUCUGCUGGUUCUGCUGGUUCUGCUGGUUCUGCUGGUUCUGUUGGUUCUGUGUUAACCUUUUAUUCUGUCUUGUUUGUUGUGUUAAUUGUUUCUGUACAAACAGUCAAAUAAACUUUAUGGGCUUUGAA